AUGGCCCUAUUACUCUACACUGUGUCCGUCGUGACGACGGCUGUACUUGGGUCCCUCGCUGCUCUCGCCAUCUACAAUAUCACGCUUCAUCCGCUUGCCAUCUUACCCGGCCCAAAGCUUUGCGCCUUUUCGCGCAUUCCGUACUGGUACCACUACGUCGUCGGCAGGGAGGUGGAAUGGAUGCAUGACCUGCACAAGAGAUAUGGCGCAGUGGUGCGCUUCGGACCCAUGGACGUCAGCUAUGCUGAUGGGCGGGCCUGGAAGGACAUUGCAGGCUACGAGAAGGGCCGCAAGGAGAACCCAAAACCGUCCGCCUUCCACGUCGAGAACCCAAACGGCGUGGCGAGUAUCAUCAACGCCAGCCAAGAGGACCACACGAGAGUUCGAAAGCUGUUUGCGCCGGCCUUCUCGGAUCGCGCGCUCAAGCAGCAAGAGCCGCUCUUCAAAAAAUCAGUCAACAACUUGCUGGCACUGGUUGAGAGGCUCAGUGCAGACUCGGGAGCGAUAGAGAUAACGCGUCUCUACAACUUCACGACAUUUGACAUCAUGGCCGAGCUCUGCUUCGGCAAGCCGCUCGAUCUACUUGUCAACAACGAGUACAGCGAGUGGGUAGCUUCGGUGUUUGGCCUGUUGUCGAUGCUGCCCAUCGUGUCCAUCAUCCAGUACUACCCCGUCCUCAAGUGGCUCUUCUCCGUCUUCGAACCAAAGUGGGCGAAGGAGCAUCGUGAUAAGCACGCCAAACACACCGCCGACCGUGUCAAUGAUCGCAUCAGGCUCGGCUCCGAGAACUCAGACAUCUUGAACAUGGUGAUGGAGGCUCGGGGGUCGGAGAAAGGCCUGUCUCUCGAGGAGAUGCACUCUAAUGCAGAGCUGUUCAUGCUGGCAGGAUCCGAGACAACAGGAACAGUCCUGGCGGGCUUGACGUAUAACCUACUCAGGAACCCGUCUGCGUUCGACAGGCUCAAAAGCGAGCUACGCACGACCUUGGAAACAGUCGGGAAUAUCUCCUUCGAGAAGACGGCCAACCUGCCAUACUACAACGCAUGCAUCAAGGAGUCGAUGCGUGUCUAUCCGGCCCUCCCCACAGGAUUGCCGCGCGAGCUUCCCAAGGGCGGCAACGUGAUCCUCGGACAACAUCUACCCGAGCACACUCGCGUAAGCGUGCACCAAUACUCAACCUUUCACUCUCCCCAUAACUUCACCGACCCCGACGCCUUCGUACCUGAGAGAUGGCUCAACGAUCGGAAAUACGCAAACGAUGCAAGGGACUGGGUAAUGCCUUUUAGCCUGGGCCCGCGUAACUGCCUCGGUCAGCAGAUGGCCAUGCACGAGAUGCGGCUCAUCUUUGCGGCGUUAGUAAUGAGGUUUGAUCUGGAGCUUGACCAGGAGGAGAACGCGAAACAUGGUGAAUGGAUGGAUCAGCGGACCUUUGCAAUCUGGGCCAAGAAGCCUUUGUAUGUACGGGCCACUCCUGUAAAGGACUUGGAGGAUCAUCCGUCGACGCGACUGUGA